AUGGGAUGUUCAGGAAGCUUUUUAAAAGAUGAUGAUAAUAAUAAUAAUAAUAGAGAAAUGGAAAAUGAACAACCGGAAAACAAACAAACCCCCAUUGUGAAUCCGCAUGUGAAAAAAUUAUUAAAAAGCGAAAGACCGGAUGAUUUGCUCAUGGCUUACAUAUAUUUAGAUAAAGAAAUAUCAGAUGCUGAAAACGAAUGUCCAGCAUCAAUUUAUGGAGAAGCAUUAUCCAGACAACAACAAAUAAAAUCUCAUUUACAAUUAGCUUUGGAAGAAAAAAAUCAUAAAAACUCAAACGUCAUUAAGGAAAAAUGUUCAAUUUACGAUAUAUUUAUCGAACUCGGUUUGAAAAAUUCUAAAAAUGCAAUAGAACACGAAGAAUUUGUUGCUAGAAUCAAUAGGAGAGCAUUAAAUUUAAAUUCAAUAAGAAUUUGGCAAGAGGAAACGGAAAAUAUUGAAAAUCGAAUUGAAAAAGCAUCAAAGAAAAUCGAUGAUUUACAAAAAGCUUACAAUUUACAAGAACAACUUUUAGAAGUCAUGUUGGAAAAACAAUUAGACAGAAUGAGAUAUUAUAAAGAUUUACUUUGCAUCGGUGUCAUGCAAUGGGAAGCUUGUUUGGAAAGAAUUAAAAAUGCCGUACGUUUAUCAAAAAGAGCAAGAGAUUGCUUUCAAGAAUCAAUCAUUCUCAUUCAUUCAUCGGAAGAAUUAUUACAAGAUGUACAAUUUCCUUAUUGUACGACAAGAGAACUCAAAGGUGCGCUUGAAUAUAUUUUCACCGACAUCUUGAUCGAAGAUAGAUAUUUACAUGCGACGCAAGUUUAUAAAAAUCUCCGUGAAAGGGCAACACUUUUAGAAAAUUGGAUGAACGAGAAAUUAAUAUCUGAAUCUAAAAGGUAA